CGGGGUAUACAUACGCUGAACGGCACACUCCCCCAAGCAGUGCCAGACGACGACGACGCGGCCAGACGAGCGCCCUCCCCCAGAUCGCCCGAGCCGCGACGAUCCUCCCGGACCCUCCCCUCCCUCUCGCGGACCGCAUCGAGAGGCACCAUGCCGCCCGACAGCUCCUCCUUCACGGCCCUCAAUGUCCCCGCCCACCAGGUGCCCGAGUGGAUGGGCUCCUUCACCCUCGCCGCGCCGCCGAACACUGAUCUCUGGCGCAAGCCCCCCAGCCGCGACACGUCAACCGCCCCGAUCCUCUACACCGCAUUACGCAGUCCCUUCAUCGCCGCCGAAGUCACCGUGAACGCUGACUGGGAGCUGGAGUGGGACCAGGGCGGGCUGGUGAUAUUCGCGGGGAUGCCACCAGGCCGAAUCCAGACAGCAGCAGCAGCAAUAGCAGCAGCGAAUGCAGCAUCAACGACGCCCGCUGCACCAGCACCUCCAGCCACGGCCCCUCCCGCCGUACGACACGACGACCCGCCGCCGGCGUACGUCACCCCCGCGCCGGCAUCGAAAUGGGUCAAGGUUGGGCUCGAGUUCUGCAACAACGCGUGCCAUGCUACGUCGGUGUGCGCGACCUCGGACGGCGCGGAUUGGGCCCUCACCUCGCUGCCGCCGCACCAUGCGCGCCGGCUCGACCUGCGCGUCAAGAUCGAGCGCAUUGGCUACGCGCUGUGGGUCUGGUACGAGGACGAGGUGUCGGGCUGGAAGAAACUACGCGAGGUGACGUGGUUCUUCUGGGGCGUCGAGGACAAGGCGGUGCGCGUGGGCGUGUAUGCCAGCCGGCCCGCGAAUUUUGGCGCCACGCAUUAUGAGCGCAGGCACGGGGGGCCGAGUGUCACGCAGAGGAACUUGUGUGUUGAUUUUGAGGGACUGGAGAUAUUUUGAGAAAGAAAGAUGGAAAAAAAGGAGAGUUUGGAUACGUGAGAGAAAUGUUUUGGUGCCGAGCAUUGCGUUUACGACUGUUUGUUAGCAUGUCUU